AUGAAUUCGCGCAAUAUCAGUGCUCUUGUUUUGAUAUGGUUGUGUUUUAUUCGUGAAGCUAUUACUGCCCGUGCAAAUAUUGCUGCAUCCAGAGGACUUCUGAUUUAUAGAACGAUCUCGGUUACUCAACAAUCGUGCAAGUGCUCGAUGUCAUUUUCCUGUUCUUGUUGUCAAAGUGUGAUAAUCCUAUAUACUAAAGCGAAGAAAGAUUUAUGUGUGAAUUUCACUUAUCAGAGAAAUGGAUUGAACGUAGACGUUGCGUUGAGUUCGGACACAAUCAGUACCAGAACAAUCACGAACUUCAGACCGUUACAGUUUUGCGUGAACGUUCCUGGUUGCCUAUUUUCGACCGCAUGUAUCAACAUUUUAGAGUUGAAGCAAUUUCCUACAUCUAUCACUGCUUGCCUUCGCCUGGACAUUUAUGCCACGAAACAACUUUGGCAGAUCAAUUAUAAUUGUAUAAGUGUAUCAAUGGAGUUGCCGAUGAUGCCCGUCAAUAACACGACAAGAAUGGCAGACGAAAAAAUGUCCAUGGCAGGAAAUGAACAGCCAUCGAUGACAGAGUCAACGACAGCAGGAGAAAUGAUGACUAUGCAAACAUUGACAACAAAUGGAAUGGCAGAAAUGGGAGGAAUAAGUGAUAUGAAUAUGACUGAACUUAUGUUGGAUGAAAUAAUCGAUUAA